CCUAGCCGGGUCAGCCGUGGAUGCGUUACCGUGCGCAUGGCUGUGUGGCUCUUUGGGGGCCGCCUCGGCCUGCGCGGGCGUCUCAGCGCCUGCAGGCGGCUGUGUCCCCGUUUCCAAAGCCGUGGCCCUCAGGGCGGGGAAGACGGGGACAGGCCACAACCGUCCUCGAAGGCAGUCAAGAUCCCCAAGAUUUACACCAAGACAGGAGACAAAGGGUCUUCCAGCACCUUCACAGGAGAAAGGAGACCGAAAGAUGACCAAGUAUUUGAAGCCGUGGGGACCACAGAUGAGCUAAGCUCGGCUAUUGGGUUUGCCAUGGAGUUGGUCACAGAAAAAGGACACACAUUUGCCGAAGAGCUUCAGAAAAUCCAAUGCACGCUACAGGACAUCGGCUCCGCCCUGGCCACUCCACGUUCCUCAGCCAGGGAGGCUCACUUAAAGCAUACGGCCUUUCAGGAAGGGCCUGUCCUGGAGCUGGAGCGGUGGAUUGACAAGUACUCCAGCCAGCUCCCCCCGCUCACGGCCUUCAUUCUGCCUUCUGGAGGCAAGAGCAGCUCUGCCCUGCACUUCUGCCGUGCUGUGUGCCGCCGCGCCGAGCGACGCGUGGUGCCUCUCGUCCAGAUGGGAGAGACGGAUGCAAACGUGGCGAAGUUCUUAAACAGGCUCAGUGACUACCUCUUCACAGUAGCCAGAUACGCAGCCAUGAAGGAGGGCAGCCACGAGAAAAUAUACAAGAAACAUGAUGUGUGAAGCCUGAAUUCGCAUGGUGGGCGAGUGGUCAACUCCAGACAGUCGUGCUGAGAGCAGAAGUAGGGGUGGGCUACAGACUCGGCAUCACCUCGUGCCCACCCUCACCCCCCUCCCCCAAGGGACCUUUGAGACUUCUGGCUUCUCCAGGUUGUAUCAAACAUGUCAGCUGACUUCCAAACUUCAGGAAGGCAAGGUACACUGGAGACCACGGAGGGGAUGGGCCACUCAGAAUUGAGAAUGAAUGUGGGGAAGGUUUGAACUGUGCACUUUGUGUAUGUGUGUGUGUGUGUGUGUGUGUGUAUGAAAGAAAGAGAGAGAGAGAAAGCAACUGCCUACUCAGGCUGUUCAAGGACUUGGAAUGUACCAGAGGCCCCUGGAAAUGUAAUUGUGAUUUACCUGCGCCGACGGGGCUUUAAAUGUCACAUUUAUAAAGGGAAGGCAGGCAGGCUUGAGGAGUUCAGUCACCUCUGCGCCGCCCAUCACUGCCACCGUAUCAGGGAAAGACAGCUGCAGGUCCACAGGGGUGCAGCUCAGAGUAUCCUCUCCAUCAAGGCAGGAGGCAGGAGGCAGGAGGCAGGAGGCAGGAGGCAGGCGGCCGGAGGCAGGCGGCCCUCCCCGCCUCGGGCGGUGGCAGAGAUGUGGUCUUUGGCCUGACACUCGCUCUCUGAUGUCCCUCGGCUGGUCUAUGCUUCCGUGAGCCACACCACGGCCGGUCUGUCACUCCCCUGGCUGCCACUGCUUCCUCUCCCUGUGAAGUGACAUCGCAGUGACACCUGUGUCCUUGGGAAGAGGGAUAUUUAUGAGAGGCUGGGGGCAGCCCUGAGAACCUCAUGGUAUGCAGUGACUUAGGGAGGGCAGAUCUGAGACACCCUAGACUCUGCUCAGCCAUCGCCUCUUCCCUGUGCCCCUGCUUGGCACGCCUUCCAUGCUAACUCAACUGUUGGUCAGUCAGCGAGCCUUUGGUUUCAGCCGUGCAUCUUCUGGGUCCUGUGAAGGGCAGAGGCCCAGCAGGGAGGAGCUUGGGGAGAUACGGAUUGGGUACAGAGCUGGUGCUAUGUGUGUGAGACCAGAGACAGGAGGGAACUUAAGCAUCAUGCUGUUGGUCCGGGCCUGGUGGGAGAAGCCAUGUGCCAAGAUCUUCCUAAAAAAGAUAGUAUGGGGGCUGGUGAGAUAGCUCAGCGAGUAAGAGCACCCGACUGCUCUUCUGAAGGUCCUGAGUUCAAAUCCC